ACCCGGAAGCAGAAGCGCAGCCGCGAGUCGAGCCGAGCCGCUGCCCCCGCUGCCCGCCGGCGCCGGGUGGGGGUCCCGGCGGCUGGAUGGGCAGCGGCGGCGCGGGCCGCGGGCGGCGAUGGGCGAGGAGCAGAGCACGGUGAGCGGCGGCGGCGGGCCCCCUGAGUCGCGGGCCCCGGCCGGUGUCCCCGCGGGCCACCUCGAGCCUCCGAGGCCGCGGGGGGACAGCACUGGCGCGUCCGGGCCGCGCGCCGCCUCUGUCGAGCCGAGCGGCGGUGGCUGCGGAAGCGACGCGGGCUGCGCGGACGCGAGCGCCCCGGAGCCCGCAAGGAGCCGGGCGGCCCCGGGCUGGAGGAAGAGCCGAGCACCGGGGCAGCCCGCGGGACUGGCACUCAACGGGCCUCUCAACGCCCAGACUUUGCAACUGCAGCUGGAGCAGGAGGAGGAGGAGGAGGAAGCCGAAGACCGAAAAGAGGGAGGGGAUGAACAGCAGGAGGCGCUUCCCUGCGCGGAGCCGGAGCCCGGGACCCGCGAGGGGGCUCCCGACGGACUGGUCCUGGACGUGCUAGGGCAGCGGCGCCCGCCCCCGGCCAGGAGACAAGUCUUCUGCUCCGUGUACUGCGUGGAGAGCGACCUGCCCGAGGGACCCCGCGCGGAGCAGCGGCAGUCGCCCACGUCGCCACCGCGGGCUCCGUCGGUGCCGAACCCUCCCAGCACCCCUUCUUCUUAUCCCAGCCCCCGGCUGUCCCUUCCAACGGACCCCCUCUCCCCCGACGGCGGCAGCAUCGAGCUGGAGUUCUACCUGGCGCCCGAGCCAUUCUCCAUGCCCAGCCUGUUGGGAGCUCCACCCUAUUCUGGCCUGGGCGGGGUGGGGGAUCCCUAUGCGCCCCUCAUGGUGCUGAUGUGCCGGGUGUGCCUGGAAGACAAGCCCAUCAAGCCCCUGCCCUGCUGCAAGAAGGCCGUGUGCGACGAGUGCCUCAAAGUCUACCUGAGCUCCCAGGUACAACUUGGCCAAGUAGAAAUCAAAUGCCCUAUCACAGAGUGUUUUGAAUUCUUGGAAGAAACAACUGUUGUCUAUAACUUAACACAUGAAGACUCCAUCAAGUAUAAGUACUUCUUGGAACUUGGCCGUAUCGAUUCCAGCACCAAGCCAUGUCCUCAGUGCAAGCACUUUACAACCUUCAAGAAAAAAGGACAUAUUCCCAUCCCUUCCAGAUCAGAAAGCAAAUACAAAAUCCAGUGCCCAACUUGCCAAUUCGUCUGGUGUUUUAAGUGCCACUCUCCUUGGCAUGAAGGUGUUAACUGCAAGGAAUACAAAAAAGGAGACAAAUUGUUGCGUCACUGGGCCAGCGAGAUCGAGCAUGGGCAGAGGAAUGCCCAGAAGUGUCCAAAGUGCAAGAUCCACAUCCAGAGAACUGAAGGGUGUGACCACAUGACGUGCUCCCAAUGUAACACUAAUUUUUGUUAUCGAUGUGGGGAGAGAUACCGCCAGCUCCGUUUCUUCGGAGACCACACAUCAAACCUCAGUAUAUUUGGAUGCAAAUAUCGUUACCUCCCAGAGAGACCUCACUUGAGGAGAUUGGUGCGAGGGUCGGUCUGUGCUGGAAAAUUAUUCAUUGCACCUCUAAUCCUGGUCUUGGGAUUAGCGCUAGGGGCCAUAGCAGUUGUAAUCGGUUUGUUUGUAUUUCCUAUCUACUGCCUUUGUAAAAAACAGAGAAAGCGAUCACGGACAGGUAUGCACUGGUAAAACGUAGGUGUGUCGACCUAAGCUGGUUGGAGUAGGAGCCGUACAGAAUGGUACCCCCAUCAGUGAGUCACAUCUUGAAAGACAGGGAGAGGAACCUUCCACCAUCUCUUCUCCCCUGAUUCUCUGCAGGCCACAAUGCCUCUAGCUACGGUGCACUCCCAACUUGGUGUCCUGUCCUUUCCUUAAACAAGUUGCUGCUUUUCAAAAAUGGUCACUUUCAUAAACUAUAGACAUCUGUAUCAUAACUCUGACCUUUGUGGUGGUUGGAAGAAAAUAUUUUAAAAUUAAGAACUAGUUAUCCUCAGAAUUGUUCUGAGCACACCUCUCCUGAGCAUCACUUGGACUGUCUGAACCCUGAACCUCCCUCCAAGCUGUCUUGUGAAACUUGGUGUGAGUAGCUGACGUCCUCCGUCUGUACCCCAGCAAGCAAGGCCACUUUUCAGAAGAUGAGAAUUCACCAAAUGCACCUGUUUUCAUCUGUGUAAUUCCUUUAUCCUUUGGAUGCUAUAAUUGCUUGAAAGUCUCAAUGUCCAAAAGGGAACUAAUGAAACUAAAUUAAUCAGAAAAAUCCUGAGUUACUAAAGUGCAUAUGUGUAGGGAUAUGAAUGUGUGUAUAUAUAAUAUGUAUUAAAAUCAGGCCCAUUAUCCUUGUAUUUAUCUGGUUCCAUGCCUUUACACUAUUUUUCCACACUUUCAUACACCUAUUUAAAGAUGAUGGUUCCUUUGUGGGCAUAAUUUGGUAAUGGAUUAAAUUAAAACCAAUCUAGACAACAGGCUAUGUUGAUGUUGACCUUUUCUAUUUCUUGCUCUCUCUUUUUGGCACUCACAACUAAAAAUUUGUGCAAUGUCACCCCAAGAGUAUUAAGCUUUGUAAACUGACAGAAAUGAAAGCCUGCUUUUAAGAAAUUCUCAAGAUGCAAAUAUUGAGUCUUUUCAGAUUUCUUAUACGUUGGCAUACAUUUUUCACUCAUGGAUAAAUCCUUCACAUGGGAAUAUUUAGUCCAAAGAACAAGUAUGGUGUAGAGAGAACUGCGUAAGUCUUAAAAACAAAUCCCUAUUCUCCUCAUUUUUUAACCAACUUGUAAUUACAAAUAAUUCUGCUGUAGGUCAAAGUUUACAUUAUUUAAUUCCCCCACCCUCUUUUCCUUUUCUCCUCUCUCUUUUCUUUAUUUGUCCCCAAGUUUUUCAGAAAAACAAAUGCUAGUUUUGAAGGAUUUUUCUUAUGUUUACUGCUCAAGUGCAUAACAAUGUGUUGGUGUCUUCUUAUGGUGGGGCAAUUUGAAAACUUUUUGUAUUUAUGAGUUUAUCUGAAAUAUAAACUGCUUUUGGCAAUGGAAACACCAAAAACAUGAAGGAGAUGUUUUCGGGAAUUUUUUUUCAAGUUGCAAAAUCUUUAAAAAUAAGAAAAGGACAAGCGACUGGUAUUCCUUUGUUUUCAUCACAAAAGUUUAUCAGCAGACAAGAAGAAACCCCAAAGAAGCCUUAAGUUGCCAGUUGUCUCCAAACUCACAAAAUGAGCUAUUCACUUUAGAUGUACAUUUAUUUGUCAGCAACCUUGUCUGAUUUGAAAUAGGUUAUAUGAUAAAACAGGCAUUAACACGGAUAGUUUGUGUUUGUUAAGCUCCAGAGUGUAAGAACAUUUUAUUAUUUUUGACCUAAAAAGUGAUGUUUACAUGCAUUGGUAACAAGCCAGCAUCCUUUCCACUUUUUUUUUUUUUUUUAAUCAUGCAGAAAAACUACAGCUGUUCCAGAGACUAGUUGUCUAUUCCCAGUAAGAUUAGGGCGUGACAUUUAUGGGUCUGGAAUAGCAUAUUUCUAAAGCAUUAUAUAACACAAGAUAAAGUGAUGAGCUAGUCUCAGAAAUUCAUGUUUUCAUUCAUCCAUCCAUUCGACAGAUGUUUAUUGAGUGCCUAUUUUAGGUACUCUAGUAUUAAGACUGAAGGCAGGAAACUUCCUAACCUGAAAUACAAAUGUUUCUGUCAUAAAAGUGCUUAAGUUUUAUAAGUUCAUCUUUCCUGGACUUAGGCAUUAGUUUGGCAAUAUGUGAAUAUGAUGAGACAAACCUAGCAGAUCCGUACAUAUAUGAUGUAUGAUGUCUCCAUAUCAUAUGCAUGAUAGAUAGGAAAUAUUCCCAUAACUGUUUAUGAAUACAUAUGCCCUAGUCAUAGGCACCUACUGGCUAGACAAUGUACCUUCUGGUCUGAGAUAGCCUAUUUUCUUAGGUUAUAGUGUCUGUUAUCUUUGGCCUACUCAGGGAUUUUUAUUCCUUUCUUUAAAUAACUUAUCCUUUGGUGGUAUUUUUAUAUUAUUUGGAAAACUUUCCGAUAUUCCAGUACAAAGAGGUGUCUGUUUUCAGUGAGGGCUAUUUCAGCAAUGUUUGAAGUAGUGUGCACUGUGCUAUACAAGAUUUUCAUGUUACUAUUGCAUAGUUUUUUUUUUAAUUAACGUAUGCAUUUUCUUUUCGAAGGGUGAUAUAUAUUAGGGCUUUCCCUACUGGUAACUUAAAGUAAUUAUUUGUGAUUUUUUUUUUUUAAGUUUUAUCAAGAUCUUAAAAAGAGAACAUUAUUUAUAUUUCAGUGCCAACUUUGAAGGUAAAACAAUAGUAGUAACUUUUGGGAUAAAUUCCAGAAACUAUUAUACUUUAGAAAAAGAAGCGUGCACAUAAAACAAAUACCUUUCUAUCCAAGGCUUGCCAUUUUAUAUGUUUUUAUUAUAAAUUUAAUAUAUACUACUUUUUAAAAAAUCGACCAUAUGGAAUUUAUAAAAUACAAAUUUGUCUGCCUAUCCCACCCCUCAUUUUAUAGGGGUAACCACUGUUAUGGUUUGGUAUGUCUACUCCCAGACACUUUCUACAAAUACACAAGCGUGUGUGUGUCUGUAUCUGUGUGAGUUAGUUUUGUACAAAUAGAAUAAUAAUAUUUUUACUGUACUGUGACUCUUUCAUUUUAUUAUGUAUCAGUAGACACUUUUUCUUAAGGGUUUAGAUUUACCUCAUUCUUUUAUAAAUUAUUACAUAAUCCAUUCUAGGGUUAUACUUUACCGAAUUCGUCCUUUGUUGAAUGAACAUCAAGAUUGUUUUCAAUUCUCUAUGACAAAGCAUUGGUAAAGACUCUUUCACGUUUAUUUUUAUCACCUUGUGUGAACAUUUCCAUAAGUCUUUAAAUCUUGUUCUUACAAGAUUUUUGUAAUAACAUCUUUAAUGCAUUUUUAGGAAAUGAGGUCACAGGAAUAAUGUAUCUGAGACCCUUUUGGGGUAAACAGAAAGAUUGUACAGGCGAACAUAAUUUUUAAAGAAAAGCGUACCUUGAAAGAUAAUUUCCUGUCUGCUUGAUUAGUCAGGUAAAUACCUUGUCAAAACUUGAAGAGAAAAUUUUUUUCCAAUAGAAAAAAAAAUAAAACGUGAUGCCAUGUCUGUCAGAAAAUGUGAGAGAGAUGAAUUGAUUUUGGAUUACGCAGUUUUAAAACUUGAGGGAUUUAGAUGAAAUACCCAAGCCAAAUUGAUGAUGUUUGUUACAUUUUUUAAAACACUAUCCAUGUUCGUGCAUGUUGCUCUACAGAGGAACCUGAUUGUGCCAUUGUGAACAGUAGGAAGCAACAUGUUGGCGGUUAUAAAUGCCCACGAUAAUUAAUAGAAAAACACAUUUGAUGAUGUAAGGUGUGGUGGGAUGAUUAUAAAUUAUGAAAUAACAUGAAACAUUUAUUUUAUAAUGAAUCCCAACAGCUCGUUAGGAAUUUCUAUGUGUGGUAUAAGAAUAAGAGAGAGAUCAAACCUUUUGGUGUAAGCCACGUUCUAUUGCUACCCCCUUGAUUUCCUCAGAGGUGCUAUUGUAUCCUAAGAGUGGAACAGACAGGAAAACAAUCAAAGAUAAUUAAACCUCAGUCGGGUUACAACAUGAUAUCUUUAACUGUACUUUCUCUGCUGUGGUAUCAAGAUUCGGCCAUGCCUGUCAGGAAAUUCCUUGUUCUGUGACACCUCCAUCUCUUGAGUCCCCAAGGUCUCAUUUCAGCCUUCAGCUUUCAAUCCUACCAUCCAAAUGUAUGAACCAGUACUCCUGUAAAAUUACCUACAAACCAUGGUAAUCUUUCCAGUCCUGGAUGCCCUUUCUCAAACUCCUUUUCUCUAGACUAUUCUCUGCUAUUCUAACUACUCCUUUUUAUUAAAAGAGAAGAAGACAGGGGAAGGGGCGUUGAUAAACUCACUUUGGCAUGUGCAAAGCAUUGGCAUUCCUCCUUGACCUCUGCCAAAUGAGACUACAUCUGCCAAGACAUAAAACCAGCUGCUCGCAUGUUAAAUACAGUUGUUUCAAUCUUAGACUUUGACACAAAAAGUGGCCUAAUGAACAUUAAUUGGUAUAUUUAUUAAGUAAGAAAAAAAAAUAAGAAAAUUCAUGCCAAAAGCCAUUUUAGAUUUUAAUUUUAUAAGCAAGCUGCACAUAUGCCUUAAUGUGAGUCUUCACAUUGGAUUAUAUUCUUACUCUUUCAUAUUUGUGGCUAAAAUCUAUUCCAUCUAUUAAAAGUAAUUUUUCCUGUGGUCAGCUUUAUUUUGGUUUAUGUUAUUAUCUGUUAUAAACAUAGCCUUAAAAUUCCAUAAUGCACUUUAAAAUACUCAUGCCAUUUAAUUUUUUCUUUUUCUAUUUUUUUUUUUUUUUUUUUUUGGUGAGACGGGGUCUCAUUGUUGCCCAGGCCAGUCUUAAACUCCUGGCUUCAAGUGCUCCUCCUGCCUCAGCCUCCCAAAGUACAGGUGUGAGCCACUGUGCCCAACCCCAUUUAAAUAAUUUAACAAUGUUAAAGCAACUAAUACAUAUCUAUCAAUGGAGACAGUAGAGUCAUAGUAUUAGCAAAUAUGUGUCAUCUCUUUAAAUUUGGUGGAAUCAGAAGCUAAAGAUUUAAAGCCAAGUAAAACAUACCUGAAAAAAUACAAUUUCUGAAAUUAUAUUAAUCCUGGAAAUUGGUUAUCAGGAGCUCAAACAUAGCACAUAAUACUUAAUAAAUGUUACCUAAUAACCCAGUUGUAAUAUUUGUUUAAAAUGUUAAUUUCUGCUGAAAAUUUUAAUUGCAAUUUAGUAGUUCAUGCAAUUCUAUAAAAAGAAGUUUCUCUAACUUGAAACGAGAUAAGUUAAAACUUCUGCCACCAGUUGCCAGUUGGAGUAUAUUUUGUUUUUCAAAUCAUUAUUAUCUAAGAAUGAUAUUUUCCUCCUGAUAUGGAAAAUAAGUUUCAGUAUCGUAUAUCCACAAUUACUACUCUGAUAAAACUAAAAUAAUUUUAUAGACCAUUAAAGUAUAAUCUAAACAAAAUUAGAGUUUCAAAAUGUCAGGAGUAUUUAAGAUUGUGCAAUGAUAAGUAAUGAUACAAACCUUUAAAAGAAAAAUGCAGUGGGACUCCUUUGUCACUCUGAUUUUGAGGAUAGAACUAAUACACAUUUCCUAGCCAAGUAUUAUGUAGGGUACUUCACUUUUGCAAGGCCAGAACUUUAUGACUUUAUCCAAAUCCAAGAAACAGUCACGUAGUAUGAGAUUAUUGUAGGUUUGUUUUUUUUUUUGAGCAUUAGCUGAAGCUUUAAUAUAUCACAUACCUUACACAUACCUAUACAUACUGCCAAUUUAGAAUCAUACAGUCGUGCACAUUACAAACUAUAUACAUUUUUUUUUGCUAAAGAAGUGACUGUUUUGAGAAUAAUAUAGACUUAAAAAGCAUUAAAUUAUUUUUUAAAUAAAUAACACAAAACAUUACCACUGCCUUUUUUGAUACUCGUCUUUUCAAAGAAAUUUCAUUCAGUGUAUAUAAAAUAACUUUGCAUCACUUAGAUUAUUCAGACUUAUUAUUAGCAUAGAAAGCACUUUGUUUUCAGCUCCGUGCCAUGUUUUGUCACUCUGUUCCAUCGGUAGUACUAAAUGACUUGGUGAAAUGAUAUCCACAUACUUUAACAUCAAGUUCUUAUUUUCUCUUAGAUUUCUUGAUUAUCUUGCUUUUUGCCUCUGCAGUCUUCUUCCCAUCUUGCCAAGUGUGGGAUAAAUUCUGUCUUAUCGUUAACUCUUCAUUCUAGUGAAAUAAAAAUCAACACUGAAAGGACUCUACAGUUCAUCUCUGGUAGUGAGCAUGAUUUACCUUUGCUUUUUGAAAUGUAUUAGGAGUGCCUGGAACACUUUUCCCUCUUCUUGAUAGGAGUGGAGAACACUGCCUAGCCCUCUACCAAGAAGUCAGGCAAAUGAAUGAGAAGAUAACAAUUGGAUCAGAGGGCCCAAUAACACCCUAAAACCAGGCUUCAGAAAUUGCUUCAUCAUUAACAUCAGUAUUGUGCUUACCUAUUAGUUGGACAGAAAGCACAUAUGGACUUUGAUCCAGCCUGACCCCGAGUCAUUGUCCUGUAUCCAGAAAGGGUUAUGGUUUAUGAUCGUCGUCCCAGCUUUGACUUGGGGUACGUUUAUGCAGUGUAGCAUUUGUAUAUAAAAUUCAGCCAAUGGAUUCAUACUCUGUGAACAUUAUUAAAUUUUGAUAAUCUAAAGUAGAUCACCUUGAAUGUAAUUGAUAUUAGCUCUAUUCUAGAGAAACCAUUUGUCAUUUGCAAAUAUUCAACUUUUCAUUGUUAUAAUUUAGAUAUGUCACACUCUGAAUAAAUAUAUGAAGAUAUAUUUCAUAGUAUAGUUUAGUACAUGACCCAGAAAAGUUCAAAGGAGAGUCAAACUCGGGUAUUAGAGGGCCCUAGAAAUUGCUGAAAUAAUGAUCAUUUCAGAUUCUUGUGGCUGGCCAACUAUGCUGUCAGUCAAUAGUCCCUGAAAAUUUGCGUGGUGUUCACCUCAUGCUCCAGCUUGGGAAAUAGUCUCAAUGAUCUGGUCAAGUUAUUAAAAAUAACGUUUGUAUUAACAUUUUACUUCUUCAAUAUCCAAAUAUAUGUUGAUUGUUUCAAGCAAAUAGUAUCUAAAUGUUUGAUAGAAAUAGCUAAAUUUUUUUAGUCCAUAGAAAAUUAUUAUGCUUUAUGUUUCUAGAUUAAGUAUUGAGAGUUUUUUUUUUGUCAGCUGACUAUGAACCUUUUUAUUAAGACUCAUUUCCUUUUCAACUUCCAUAGGGCAACCCCCCAAAGCUUACUUUUAUUAUUUGAUGAUUUUCAUCAAAAUUAAAAUUCUGCUGAUGGAAUUUUAAAAUGUAGACCAACCUUAUAUUUAACAUGAAAACUAGAAUAGUAAUUGGUUUAUGUAUAUAUGAACAUUUACCUUGACAAGAACAAUCUGUUACAGAUUUUUAACAUAAAAAUUGACAAUCAUGUUGCUAUGGAAACAAUUAUUAACAUAAUAAUUAGUAAAUUCUGACAGAUCACAAAAAGUUUGUGUAGAAGGAACAUUAAACAGAACAUUAAAUCAUUAGUAAAUUAACACAUUAUUUAUUAAAAAGGUAUAAGUUAUUUUGUUUCUAUUUUAAACAAAAUUGAUUAUAAGAUAUUUACAUGAAACUUAUGUAUUGUAUGUCUAUAAUCAAAACUGUGGGACAAGUAAAUUAUUUACAUAUUUUUCACAAAGAAUGUAAAAUACGAAAAAAAGCAUUUGGGUAUUUAAUCUGUUAUUACAAUAUACUCAGAAAUUGCAGGUCUACGGAAUAAUUACCAUCUUCUAUUUAAUUAUCAGAUUGUAUCCCAUUUUGAUUAUAUUCUCAUAACAGUAAAAUAUGAGAAGAAAUUUCUCUAACAUUUACUAGUAUAUUGCUGUUGUUAGUUUUCUGCAAAAUUUGUAGCCGUUUCCCAAAGAAUAUGUCAUGUUUUUCAUGUUUAAAUUGAACCUGGUUGAAAAGAUAUUUCUUUGAUUUUUUUAAUGACAUUAGAAAAUAUUCAUGUAAUUUUAUUUUUUAACUUUUUCUGCAUUUCAUUAGUUAUACUAUAAUCUUGACAUCUACAAAAGUAUGUGGAAGAAAGCAUUUCAAAACAUUUUUAAAAAGAAGCAGGCAGAAAUAAAAUAAGAAAACAGAAUAUUUUUAUGUAGAUAUCUCUGAAAAUGUAAAGGAAAAAGCAAAUUCCACUAAAAAGAAAAUCUAGGGAAAUAAGGAGUAUUUAAAAGACCUAAUUUCUUACAUUGUUGAAAUCAGCUUCUUAUUUCUAAAUGAUUAUUUCAUGAUGUUGGUUCCAUGAGUUGUGCUUUUAGCAUAGUACAUAAUUUCCUUACCACUUAGUGUUUAUAAAUUAAUUACUAAAAAGAAAGGAAGAGAUUGGUGAAUAAAAACCAGGAAAACUGGGUUUAUUCCCAUUUUCCAAUAGCACUAAUGUAUAAUCCCUUUAACCUUCCAUGAUGGUGCUUUGUGUGACGAGUAUAUAACAUUUAUACAUGUUAUUAGUGCCUUAUUUUUUUCACUUGACUUUAUUUCUUAUCUAAAGAGCCAUAUAUUUUUUGUGAGUGUUCUUUGGUCUCUCUGUUUAAAGUACUAAGGAGACAGUGUAUCUUUAGGAAUGUCUGUAGGUUGUGUUUGCUACCCUAACCUACUGGGUUAUAAGAGCAGCAGACUAGCCAAUGUAUUUUUCUUAAAUGGCAUUAUUCAUUUUUAAACUAAAGGAUAAAGGUGUAUAUUAAACACUAGAAAUUGAAGCUAUUGAAAUUGAAAUAUAUUUUGAAACCACACAAAAGAAUGCUUUUUAAGUUUGAACAGGAUUUGAAAUAAAUGGCUGAGUUUUAUCUAUAGCCCCAAUUAGGACAAAAUCACUUUAUAAAAAGCGUUAGAAAGAAAAGUAACUGUGUUACAGUAAACUCACUGUGAUCCGGAACUCAAGCAACCGGCAUGGGAUCUGGCCAAAAAAAAAAAAAAAAUUCUGAGUUUAAAGUUGGUGCACCCUGCUGCCAAUUAACCCCUGCUUCCUGCAUUCCUCCUGCAGCUCUCAUGCGUUAUUUGUAACAGUUUUAAGUGUUAAUGUGUGUUAGUUAAAGUUAAAAAAUGUGGUAGCAAAGUUGAAAAGUUGUAUUGACUGACAUUUAACUAAAAUUAUACACUGUAUUUACAAAGCUAUUUUAUAAUGCAGUAAAACUGUAUUACAGUAAGUGACGUUUGUCUUUGUCUUACUUUGUUUUUAAUUAGUGUGCUUCAAUAUUAAUAUCAAGUCAACACAGAGUUUAUGGUGUAGUAGGGCGUAGUAUGGUGUGGGGUAUAGAAUAAGUUAGGCCUGUUUUUAAUAGUAACCCUCAAGCAACCGGAAACUACAUUUAUCCGGAAUCUACCAAUCCCCAUGGGUGCUGGAUAAUGGGGAGAUUACUGUAGUUUAUGGAUUUGACCAUUUCCCUACAACUUGUGGUUGGCAAUAUUUUAUCAGUAAUAUACUUCCAUGCAGACGCUAGAGAACCACCGUGGUGUUCGCUAUUUACAUGUUAAUUCAUUCACAGCUUUAUCAACUCAAGCCAUUUUGUAUACUAUAUUGUUUUGUUCUUCUGGGUCUGUGCCUUUUGUUUUAGCUUUAUGCAAUGUGCUGGUUUUGUUGUAUUCUUUAUGUAUUAUGGUAUGUAAUUCAACUUUUCCUGAUGAAUGUAUGAUGAAUAAUUAAAAUAAACCAUGUGCUUAGAAAAGACAAAGACACAGGUUGUAUACGCAAAUGUGUAAAUAUUUGACAAAGACAAAAUGAAAAAGAAUCCUUCCUGCCAACACAUGGGUCCUGCUGGACAGAACCUGGAAAUUAACAGAUUUUUUUUUGUUUUUUAAGCAGUGAAAUUUAAAAAUCUAUUACCUCAAGAAUUCUCGGUGGAUAUGUGUCAACGUACUGCUUCUUCUUAGGAAGUACAAUCUCACUUGCUGCUGGCAGUAAAAGCAACCCAGAUCACACAAAUUUUAGGGACAAGUCUUUCAAAAGAUGGAUAUCUCGUGGUAUUUUGGAGUCUAAUUUUGGACUUUGAUUAAUGUCCCAAUGGCCUUUUGUUAUGAUUUUUUUUAAUUAUUAUUAUUUUUGCUUGGUUCUUUGAGAAUGGAAGGGUAAUCUUAAUUAUGAGAUCAGAUUGCAUGGAAGAAGACAUUCACUCUGCUUGCAUGAAAACUCUGAUGGGAAUCAAACUGUGUUUUGAUUGUCACUGUCUGAGCUGUUGUGUGGAUUACUGUGGAGUGCUGGUUACUGCAUGAUGUGUGCAAUACAUCGUGCAACACCAUCUAGCAAUGCCUAAUAAAAGUUCUGAAAACAGAA